CUCCCGGGCUCUUUGAGGACUCGGCGUUGCUGGAGGCCGUUUCUGGUGCCUGUGACAGGGCGGCCCACGAGCAGAUGACAAGGACUGGCUUUUAACCUUGGUGGCCACUGAGAGGGAGAUUAUUGGGGCCCAGGAGCCCCUGGACGCUCACCGCCAUGUCGGGAUCCACGCAGCCUGUGGCGCAGACGUGGAGGGCCACUGAGCCCCGCUACCCGCCCCAUGGCAUUUCCUACCCUGUGCAGAUAGCCCGGCCCCACACGGAUGUCGGGCUGCUCGAGUACCAGCACCACCCCCGUGACUACACCCCACACCUGUCGCCUGGCUCCAUCAUCCAGCCCCAGAGGAGGAGGCCCUCCCUGCUGUCUGAAUUCCAGCCUGGGAAUGAAAGGUCCCAGGAGCUUCACCUGCGACCUGAGUCUCACUCAUACCUGCCGGAGCUGGGCAAGUCAGAGAUAGAGUUCAUUGAGAGCAAGCGCCCUCGCCUGGAGCUGCUGCCUGACCCCCUGCUGCGGCCCUCACCCCUGCUGGCGGCGGGCCAGCCCGGGGGCUCUGAGGACCUGUCCAAGGAUCGCAGCCUGGCGGGCAAGCUGGAGCCCGUGUCUCCUCCCAGCCCGCCGCACGCCGACCCUGAGCUAGAGCUGGUGCCUCCGCGGCUCUCUAAGGAGGAGCUGAUCCAGAACAUGGACCGGGUGGACCGCGAGAUCACCAUGGUGGAGCAGCAGAUCUCCAAGCUGAAGAAGAAGCAGCAACAGCUGGAGGAGGAGGCCGCCAAGCCCCCAGAGCCUGAGAAGCCUGUGUCACCGCCGCCCAUCGAGUCAAAGCAUCGCAGCCUGGUGCAGAUCAUCUACGACGAGAACCGGAAGAAGGCCGAAGCUGCACAUCGGAUUCUGGAAGGCUUGGGGCCUCAGGUGGAGCUGCCAUUGUACAACCAGCCCUCUGACACCAGGCAGUAUCAUGAGAACAUCAAAAUAAACCAGGCGAUGCGGAAGAAGUUAAUCUUGUACUUCAAGAGGAGGAACCACGCUCGGAAACAAUGGGAACAGAAGUUCUGCCAGCGCUAUGACCAGCUCAUGGAGGCUUGGGAGAAGAAGGUGGAACGCAUCGAGAACAAUCCCCGGCGGCGGGCCAAGGAGAGCAAGGUGCGCGAGUACUACGAGAAGCAAUUUCCUGAGAUCCGCAAGCAGCGCGAGCUGCAGGAGCGCAUGCAGAGCAGGGUGGGCCAGCGGGGCAGCGGGCUCUCCAUGUCGGCCGCCCGCAGCGAGCACGAGGUGUCAGAGAUCAUCGAUGGCCUCUCAGAGCAGGAGAACCUGGAGAAGCAGAUGCGCCAGCUGGCUGUGAUCCCGCCGAUGCUGUACGAUGCUGACCAGCAGCGCAUCAAGUUCAUCAACAUGAACGGGCUCAUGGACGACCCCAUGAAGGUGUACAAAGACCGCCAGGUCAUGAACAUGUGGAGCGAGCAGGAGAAGGAGACCUUCCGGGAGAAGUUCAUGCAGCACCCCAAGAACUUCGGCCUGAUCGCAUCAUUCCUGGAGAGGAAGACUGUGGCUGAGUGUGUCCUCUAUUACUACCUGACCAAGAAGAACGAGAACUAUAAGAGCCUGGUGAGGAGGAGCUACCGGCGCCGCGGCAAGAGCCAGCAGCAGCAGCAGCAACAGCAGAUGCCCCGGAGCAACCAGGAGGAGAAGGAGGAGAAGGAGAAGGACAAGGAGGCCGAGAAGGAGGAGGAGAAGCCGGACGUGGAGAACGACAAGGAGGAACUGAGCAAGGAGAAGACGGACGACACCUCUGGGGAGGACAACGAUGAGAAGGAGGCAGUGGCCUCCAAAGGCCGCAAAACUGCCAACAGCCAGGGAAGACGCAAAGGCCGCAUCACCCGCUCGAUGGCCAAUGAGGCCAACAGCGAGGAGGCUGUCACCCCGCAGCAGAGCGCUGAGCUGGCUUCGAUGGAGAUGAAUGAGAGUUCUCGCUGGACUGAAGAAGAGAUGGAGACAGCCAAGAAAGGUCUUCUGGAACACGGCCGGAACUGGUCGGCCAUCGCUCGGAUGGUGGGCUCCAAGACCGUGUCUCAGUGUAAGAACUUCUACUUCAACUACAAGAAGAGGCAGAACCUGGAUGAAAUCCUGCAGCAGCACAAGCUGAAGAUGGAGAAGGAGAGGAAUGCACGGAGGAAGAAGAAGAAAGCCCCAGCUGCCGCCAGUGAGGAGGCUGCCUUCCCGCCUGUGGUGGAGGACGAGGAGAUGGAGGCAUCGGGUGCAAGCGGGAAUGAGGAGGAGAUGGCGGAGGAGGCCGAAGCCACGGUCAACAACAGUUCUGACACCGAGAGCAUCCCCUCGCCCCGCACCGAGGCCGCCAAGGACACGGGGCAGAACGGGCCCAAGCCCCCACCUGGCCCCGGCAGCGACGUGCCACCUGCUGAGCCACCCACCCCACCACCAGAGGACGCUCUGGCUCCCACCGAGCCCACCCCAGCCCCCGAAGCCACCGGCCCGCCCACGCCCCCGCCAGCACCCGCGUCGCCCACCGCACCCCCUCCUGUGGUCCCCAAGGAGGAGAAGGAGGAGGAGGAUGCGGCGGCCCCCCUGGCGGUGGUGGAGGAGGAGCAGAAGCCCCCCGUGGCCCAAGAGCUGGCUGUGGACGUGGGCAAGACGGAAGAGCCUGGUGAGGCGCCCCCCGCGGAGCCCAUCAAGAGCGAAUGCAAACAGGAGGCCGCGGAGGAGGGGACCGACAAGGGCAAGGGGGGCUCUGAGGCCAGCGCCGAGGCCGUGCCCGAGGGGGCCCUCAAGGUGGAGAAGAAAGAGGGCGGUGGCCCCGGGGGCAAAGCUCCCACAGCCAAGGGCGCGGGAGCCCCCCAGGACAGCGACUCCAGUGCCACCUGCAGUGCAGACGAGGUGGACGAGCCCGAGGGGGGUGACAAGAACAGGCUGCUGUCACCACGGCCCAGCCUCCUCACCCCGACCAGUGACACCAGGGCCAACGUCUCACCCCAGAAGCCGCUGGACCUGAAGCAGCUGAAGCAGCGGGCAGCCGCCAUACCCCCAAUCCAGGUCAGCAAAGUCCAUGAGCCCCCCCGGGAGGACACAGCUCCGCCCGCCCCCCCGCCACCGCAGCCCCUGCAGCCAGAGAACGACACCCCCCAGCAGCCCAGCAGCAGCCCUCGAGGCAAAAGCAGGAGCCCCGUGCCUCCUGCUGACAAGGAGGCAGAGAAGCCUGUGUUCUUCCCAGCCUUUGCACCCGACGGCCAGAAGCUGCCCACGGAGCCCCCGUGCUGGACAUCAGGCCUGCCCUUCCCUGUGCCACCUCGUGAGGUGAUCAAGGCCUCCCCGCAUGCCCCUGACCCCUCGGCCUUCUCCUACGCCCCACCUGGUCACCCACUGCCUCUGGGCCUCCACGACAGUGUCCGGCCUGUGCUACCACGCCCACCCACCAUCUCCAACCCGCCGCCCCUCAUCUCCUCCACUAAGCACCCCAGCGUCCUCGAGAGGCAAAUGAGUGCUAUCUCCCAGGGCAUGUCGGUGCAGCUCCACGUCCCAUACUCCGAGCACGCCAAGGCCCCUGUGGGCCCUGUCACCAUGGGGCUGCCCCUCGCCAUGGACCCCAAGAAGCUGGCACCCUUCAGCGGAGUGAAGCAGGAGCAGCUGUCCCCACGGGGCCAGGCUGGGCCACCGGAGAGCCUGGGAGUGCCCACAGCCCAGGAGACAUCCGUGCUGAGAGGGACAUCCCUGGGCUCGGUUCCAGGAGGAAGCAUCACCAAGGGCAUCCCCAGCACGCGGGUGCCUUCCGAGAGCCCCAUCACCUACCGCGGCUCCAUCACCCACGGCACUCCUGCUGACGUCCUCUACAAAGGCACCAUCACCAGGAUCAUCGGUGAGGACAGCCCCAGUCGCCUGGACCGCAGCCGGGAGGACAGCCUGCCCAAGGGCCACGUCAUCUACGAGGGCAAGAAGGGCCACGUCCUGUCCUACGAGGGUGGCAUGUCGGUGUCCCAGUGCUCCAAGGAGGACGGCAGGAGCAGCUCUGGACCUCCGCACGAGACGGCUGCCCCCAAGCGCACCUAUGACAUGAUGGAGGGCCGCGUGAGCAGGGCCAUCUCCUCGGCCAGCAUUGAAGGUCUCAUGGGGCGCGCCAUCCCGCCGGAGCGACACAGCCCCCACCAUCUGAAAGAGCAGCACCAUAUCCGAGGCUCCAUCACACAAGGGAUUCCGCGGUCCUACGUGGAGGCCCAGGAAGACUACCUCCGCCGGGAGGCCAAGCUCCUGAAACGCGAGGGCACGCCCCCGCCGCCCCCGCCGCCCCCGCGGGACCUGGCCGAGGCCUACAAGGCCCGACCCCUGGAGGCCCUGGGGCCCCUGAAGCUGAAGCCGGCCCAUGAGGGGCUGGUGGCCACGGUGAAGGAAGCCGGCCGCUCCAUCCACGAGAUUCCGCGAGAGGAGUUGCGACGCACGCCUGAGCUGCCCCUGGCCCCGCGGCCGCUCAAGGAGGGCUCCAUCACACAGGGCACCCCGCUCAAGUAUGACACUGGCACGUCCUCUGCCGGCUCCAAAAAGCAUGACGUGCGCUCCAUCAUCGGCAGCCCCGGCCGCACGUUCCCGCCCGUGCACCCGCUGGACGUGAUGGCCGACGCCCGGGCGCUGGAGCGCGCCUGCUACGAGGAGAGCCUGAAGAGCCGGCCAGGGGCAGCCGGCAGCUCUGGGGGCUCCAUCACCCGGGGGGCCCCGGUCAUCGUGCCCGAGCUGGGCAAGCCGCGCCAGAGCCCCCUGACCUACGAGGAGCACGGGGCGCCCUUCGCCGGCCACCUCCCACGCGGCUCGCCGGUGACCACGCGGGAACCCACCCCGCGCCUGCAGGAGGGCAGCCUCUCAUCUAGCAAGGCAUCCCAGGAUCGAAAGCUGACGUCGACGCCCCGUGAGAUUGCCAAGUCCCCUCACAGCGCCAUGCCUGAGCACCACCCCCACCCCAUCUCGCCCUACGAGCACCUGCUUCGGGGCGUGAGUGGUGUGGACCUGUACCGUGGCCACAUCCCACUGGCCUUCGAUCCCGCCUCCAUACCCCGCGGAAUCCCUCUUGAUGCAGCCGCUGCCUAUUACUUGCCCCGACACCUGGCCCCCAACCCCACCUACCCCCACCUGUACCCACCGUACCUCAUCCGCGGCUACCCUGACACAGCAGCGCUGGAGAACCGCCAGACAAUCAUCAACGAUUACAUCACCUCGCAGCAGAUGCACCACAACGCGGCCACCGCCAUGGCCCAGCGAGCUGACAUGCUGAGGGGCCUGUCGCCCCGCGAGUCCUCACUGGCACUCAACUACGCCACCGGCCCUCGAGGCAUCAUCGACCUGUCCCAAGUGCCACACCUCCCCGUGCUGGUGCCCCCAACACCAGGCACGCCCGCCACCGCCAUGGACCGCCUCGCCUACCUCCCCACAGCACCCCAGCACUUCAGCAGCCGGCUCAGCAGCUCCCCGCUCUCCCCAGGGGGCCCCACUCACUUGACAAAACCCUCCGCCACCUCCACGUCCGAGAGGGAGCGGGAGCGGGACCGAGACCGGGAGCGCGAGAAGUCCAUCCUCACGUCCACCGCCACGGUGGAGCACGCGCCCAUCUGGAGACCCGGUACAGAGCAGAGCAGUGGCGGCGGCGGAGGUGGGGGCGGGGGCGGCAGCGGCAGCCGCCCCGCCUCCCACUCCCACUCCCACCAGCACUCGCCCAUCUCACCCCGGAGCCAGGACGCCAUCCAGCAGAGACCUAGCGUGCUGCACAAUACGGGCAUGAAGGGCAUCAUCACCUCCGUGGAGCCCAGCACACCCACGGUCCUGAGGUCCACCUCCACCUCCUCGCCUGUCCGCCCGGCCGCCACAUUCCCACCCACCACCCACUGUCCGCUGGGCGGCACCCUCGACGGGGUCUACCCCACCCUCAUGGAGCCCGUCUUGCUGCCCAAGGAGGCCCCAAGGGUCGCCCGGCCUGAGCGGCCCCGUGCAGACACUGGCCACGCCUUCCUUGCCAAGCCCCCGGCCCGCAUGGGGCUGGAGCCCGCCUCCUCCCCCAGCAAGGGCUCCGAGCCGCGGCCCCUGGCACCCCCCGGCUCCAGCCACACGGCCAUCGCCCGCACCCCAGCAAAGAGCCUCGCACCCCACCACACCAGCCCGGACCAGCCUGCGCCCGCCUCGGCCGCGGACCUGCACCGGGAAAAGACUCAAAGUAAACCCUUUUCCAUCCAGGAACUGGAGCUCCGUUCUCUGGGUUAUCACGGUGGCAGCUACAGCCCCGACGGGGUGGAGCCCGUCAGCCCUGUGAGCUCGCCCAGCCUGACCCACGACAAGGGGCUCCCCAAGCACCUCGAGGAGCUGGACAAGAGCCACCUGGAGGGGGACCUGCGGCAUAAGCAGCCAGGCCCCGGCAAGCUGGGCGGAGAGGCUGCCCACCUCCCACACCUGCGGCCGCUGCCCGAGAGCCAGUCCUCGUCCAGCCCGCUGCUCCAGACCACCCCAGGGGUCAAAGGUCACCAGAGGGUGGUCACCCUGGCACAGCACAUCAGUGAGGUCAUCACGCAGGAUUACACUCGCCACCACCCACAGCAGCUCAGCGCGCCCCUCCCUGCCCCCCUCUACUCCUUCCCUGGAGCCAGCUGCCCCGUCCUGGACCUCCGCCGCCCACCCAGCGACCUCUACCUCCCGCCCCCGGACCACGGCGCCCCGGCUCGUGGCUCGCCCCACAGCGAAGGGGGCAAGAGGUCUCCAGAGCCAAGCAAGACGUCAGCCCUGGGCAGCAGUGAGGAUGCUAUCGAACCCGUGUCCCCACCGGAGGGCAUGGCAGAGCCUGGGCAUCCCCGAAGCGCCAUGUACCCGCUGCUGUACCGGGACGGGGAGCAGGCGGAGCCCAGCAGGAUGGGCUCUAAGUCUCCAGGCAACACCAGUCAGCCACCGGCCUUCUUCAGCAAACUGACCGAGAGCAACUCCGCCAUGGUCAAAUCCAAGAAACAGGAGAUCAACAAAAAGCUGAACACCCACAACCGGAACGAACCAGAGUACAAUAUCGGCCAGCCCGGGACGGAGAUCUUCAACAUGCCCGCCAUCACCGGAGCAGGCCUCAUGACCUGCAGAAGCCAGGCGGUGCAGGAGCAUGCCAGCACCAACAUGGGGCUGGAGGCCAUUAUUAGAAAGGCGCUCAUGGGUAAAUAUGAUCAGUGGGAGGAGCCCCCGCUCAGCGCCAAUGCUUUUAACCCUCUGAAUGCCAGUGCCAGCCUGCCCGCUGCUAUACCCAUAACCGCUGCUGACGGACGGAGCGAACACGCACUCACCUCGCCAGGUGGUGGUGGGAAGGCCAAAGUCUCUGGCAGACCGAGCAGCCGAAAAGCCAAGUCCCCGGCCCCAGGCCUGGCGUCUGGGGACCGGCCACCCUCGGUCUCCUCAGUGCACUCGGAGGGGGACUGUAACCGCCGGACCCCACUCACCAACCGCGUGUGGGAGGACCGGCCUUCGUCCGCAGGUUCCACGCCAUUUCCCUACAACCCCCUGAUCAUGCGGCUGCAGGCGGGUGUCAUGGCCUCCCCACCCCCACCUGGCCUCCCCGCGGGCAGCGGGCCCCUUGCCGGCCCCCACCAUGCCUGGGACGAGGAGCCCAAGCCGCUGCUGUGCUCGCAGUAUGAGACGCUCUCCGACAGCGAGUGACUGUCAGAACGGGGUGGGGGGCGGCGCCGGGGCCCAGCGAGUGGCCAGAGCAGCCGGGCAAGGAGCGGGGCAGCCGCCGACUCCCCCCACUGAGGAAGGAGCCCCUGAGUCUGCCUGCGCGCCCGUCAGUCCGUCCGUCCAGAGCCGGCAUCCUUGCCUGUCUAAAGCCUUAACUACGACUCCCGCCCCGGGCUGGUCCUGUGCAGUGACCUUACUCAGGGGAUGUUUACCUGGUGCUCGGGAGGGGAGGGGCCGGGGAGGGGGCGCGGCGGCGUGUGGUGGCCACAUGCACGUAGCCGGGGCGGCCAGGGACCCAAAGCAGGAUGACCACGCACCUCCCACGCCACUGCCUCCCCCCUUAACACAUUUGGAACCAAAGUCUAAACUGAGCUAGCAGCCCCCGCACCCUCCCUCCGUCCCCAUUCCGCUUCUCGCUCUGGACAGACGGACACGGGCCCUGUCCAGCCCCCAGCUCUCUCGUCCCGGUCUCCACGGACUGCCCGGUCAGCGAGACUGCGGGAGACCCAGCUGGGCCGGAUGGGCGGGCGAAAGGGCCAGGUGCGGUCUGGGGCGAGCGGACGCUCCAAGGAACUGGACUGUUUGUCUCACACAGCGUUGCCGCAGCGGUGGGAAGGAAAGGCAGGUGUAAAUGAUGUAUUGGUUUACAGGGUAUAUUUUUGAUACCUUCAAUGAAUUAAUUCAGAUGUUUUACGCAAGGAAGGACUUUACCCAGUAUUAUUGCUGCUGUGCUUUCGAUCUCUGCUUCCCGUUCAAGAGGCGUGUGCAGGCCGCCAGCCAGUGACCCCAUCGUCCGCAGGACUGAGGGGGGCGGGGGGUGAGCGCCCCUGCAUCCUCUCCCCCUUCCUUGGGCAGAAUGAAUUUGAUGGGUAUUCUGUGGCCGCCAUCUGCGCACGGCGGUGGCGUUCUGUCAUUUACACACGUUGUUCUCAUUAAAAAGCAAAUUAUACUCAAGU